CUCCCGAAGAAGAACAUUUAGGAUUUUCAAGACAGCAGCAGCAGCAGACGACGGCCAGUUAACAAUAUCCGCUGACGGCUCUCCGAGGGCGAAGCAAAGCUUAGUGUUCCGUUUUUUUGUGUUGUUUUCUUUUGUUUUUUUUUGCAUUUGAUUUGUCCAGAUGUCCGGUGAAGUGGAGGCGAGUACAGAGGAGCAGCAGGAGAUGCAGGACACUGUUGUAAGUCCAGAAAAAGCUGAGGAGGUCAAACUGAAGGCCCGAUACCCUCAUCUCGGGACCAGGCCUGGCGGGUCGGAUAUGUUGCGAAAAAGACUACAAAAGGGGCAAAAAUACUUUGACUCGGGUGACUAUAACAUGGCCAAAGCUAAAAUGAAGAACAAACAGCUCCCGACUGCAGCGGCGGAGAAGACCGAGGUCACCGGAGACCACAUUCCCACUCCUCAGGACCUUCCCCAGCGGAAACAGUCUCUGGUGGCCAGCAAACUCGCCGUUUGACGCCUGCUCUUUCCAUCUCUGUUGCGUUCCCUCAGCCGUCAUUGUUUCGUCUUUCUUUUGCUCUUUUCGUCUUUGGCUGUAGAAAUGCUCUCAAUAUAAUAUUUUGACAAGGAAAUCUGUAGAUUGCUGCUACCAAUGUGCUUGGAUUUAAAAUUGCACCAAUGUGCUUGGAUUUAACCAUACAGUUAAAUGUAUCGCUUCAAUGCCAAGGUUUGAACAUGGUAAUCUGACCGAUUGAGUCGGAUCGGCGUUAUUUUAGGGUUUUACACUUUUCCUAUCUUUUUCCACCACUAUUUUUGUGUAUAUCUUGACAUGUGUGAACCGAUAUGGACUUGACUUGAAAUAAUCACAUCCACCUCUUCUGCCAAAACUGUGCCUGUUUGAAGAAAGAAAAGGCCUCGUAGACGUUAGACGGUUGAGCUGAGAAAAAUCGAAACACUCUUGAAGUUCGUUUGUUGAGAAUUGCGGUUUGCCUCCUCCUUGUUGAUGAUGAAACUGGCCUUGAAACGGUCAUUCACACACAUUGAAGAGUGUGUUGAUCUCUUAACUGUCUCGUCUAGGUUGUGUUGCCAGAACAACUGAAAUGAUUUAUCUGAGCUGUACAAAAGUUUACUGUCACAACUGUGCCAUUUGCUUUGUAAAUAAAAUAGUUUUGGACGUGA